AUGACAGAUGCUGGCGCUUCUGGCAGCGCUUCCCCGUUCGAACCUCCUGUCAUCCCUCUCUCUGUACCACCUAGCACACCCUACAUCCCCGUCCUGACCAACUAUCGCGAGGUGUACUACCCCGACCGCGUCCCAAUAGUAAUCGAUAAUGGCGCAACCAACUUCCGUGCUGGCUUCGGGACCGACAAGGACCCGUACAUCGUCGUAGACAACCUGAUGUCCAAAUACCGGGAUCGCAAGACCAAUACCCCAGUAUUGCUAUUUGGUAAUGAACUGGUGGACGAUGCUACGACACGUAGCAAUGCGAAAUCUCCGUUUGAUGGAGAUAUAUGCGUCAAUCCAGAAGGCAUGGAGACCGCGUUCGACUGGACAUUCAUCAAGCUGGGCAUUGAUGACGAGAAGGUGGACCAUACAGUAUUGAUGACGGAGCGAAUAGCAUCUCCAUUGGCUUCUCGUGCUUUCAUCUCCGAGCUCCUGUUCGAAGCGUACGACGUCCCCUCCGUCCUCUACGGCCCAGAUGGUUACUUCUCGAUGUAUGCCAACGCCCCUCCCUCAUCCUCAUCCAUGGACGGCGUUGUGGUAAGUUUCAACACGCAAUCGACGUCCAUGUGGCCCGUGCUGGGCGGAGAGGCGCAGAUGAACCAAGCGAAGCGGAUACCUUUUGGUGGCACCCAGGCGAUCGACCUUCUGCUCAAGUUUGUCCAGCUCAAGUAUCCCAGCUUCCCCACUCGGGUCACCUCGGCUCAAGCGGCCUGGAUAUUCCAGACAUGCUGCGAGUUCACCCCUGGAAGUCUGAUCGAGAAAGUCCGCGAGUUGACCGAUCCACUUAAGCUCAAGCAGAUCACGAAGAUAGUACAAUUUCCUUUUGUGGCUGUAGCCGUACAACAGCUCACGGAAGAAGAAUUGGAACGACAGGCUGAGAAGCGACGAGAGGCAGGGAGACGGCUGCAGGAGACAAGCGCUCGUAUACGACUCGAAAAGCUUGUGGAGAAAGAGAACAAUCUAGAGUAUUAUACCAACCUACGGGACUGGCGGAACAGGGAAAAGCGCUCGUCUUGGCUGGCGCGACUCGAGGACCACGGGUUUGAGACUGAGGCCGAGUUCGAAUCGACCAUCCGUAAGCUGGAGACAUCCAUUACCGCUGCAAGACGAAAAGAAGCUGGGCUGGAAGAACCACCGGCAGAAGAAGCGAUACCAACGUUCCCUCUUCUUGAUCGACCAGAUGCAGACCUUACAGAAGAGGAGUUGAAGGAGAAGCGCAAGCAGAGGCUGAUGAAAGCUGGGUAUGAUGCGAGGAUGCGGGCAAGAGCGGAGAAGGAGAGAGAGGGAGAGCGGAAGAGGCAAGCAGAGAAGGAGGAAGAGGAGGAGAGGGAGCGGGAUUUGAAAGGUUGGAGUGAUAAACUCAAGCGAGAGCACGAGGCGGUGAUGGACAAGAUCAAGGACCGCAAACGAAAACAGGCUGCGCUCUCCGACCGGAAGAGCAUGGCUGCGCAGCAGAGGAUGAGGAGUAUCGCGAAUCUAGCAGCGGACACGCCGACGGGGAACAAGAGGAGGAAGCGGAAUCAGGAGGAUAUGUUCGGUGCGGACGACGAGGACUGGGCUAUCUAUCGCAAAGUUCAUGGUGCGGAAGAAGACGAUGAUGAGGAAGAGGACUUCGCUCGGCUGGAAUCGAUUGAGAACAAGCUUCUGGCAUACGACCCAGGGUUCGACAUCUCCCUCACGUUCGCUGCUCGUGAGAGUCAGCGUUCAGCGCUGCUCAACGCCUUCCGGCCUAUACCUGCGGAGAAUAACGUCGCGGCAUCCUAUCAGCUUUGGCUGAAUACCGAGCGCAUACGCGUGCCAGAGACGUGGUUUAACCCGAGCAUUGCUGGCGUGGACUGUGCUGGAGUGGGUGAAGUCCUCACGGGAAUCCUGAGGAGUUUUGGAGAGGCGGAGCGGGACAGGCUCAUACAGAACAUACAUGUAACCGGGGGCCCAUCACAGCUACCCGGACUACCGGAGCGGCUGCACUACGAACUGGCGCAGUCAUUGCCCUUCGGCGCACGUCUCGCAAUUCGCCCUGCAAAAGACGCCCGAUUGGAUGCCUGGCGAGGUAUGGCGCAGUUCUCGAGGACUGAAGGACUUCAAGAGUGUCUCACCACACGAGAGAUGUACAAUGAGUGGGGCGCGGAGAGGAUGAAGGCGUGGAGAGGAGGGAACUGGACUGGUGCUGUCGGCAUCGACGAUUGAUAUCUGUAACUUAGCAUACCUGACCGGGGCGUUGAUGGACCCAGCGUCAUUGUGU